UCGGGGCAUGCAUUAUUUUCUUGGUGUAAUUGUAAAGACCGUGGGUGAGACGUCUGUGGAAACAUCCCUCAUCCACAGCUCAUGAGUGUAAAUCUGGGAUUUGUUUGACGAAGAUGGACAGAUCAGCAUCGAUCGAAACAUUUUAAAGCGUUUGUACAACGUUAAUCUCCUUCAUCGCAAUAGGUGGGCAUGGCCUCGCACCCUCCUCACUGGCCAAUUAUGGGCGAGCUGCGUUUCUUCAACUCCACACCGCCGGUGCGUCAUCCUUUUACAACCGCCGAAAGGGCCGAGCGUAACGGCGCGUGAUCGGGGAUCUCAGCGGACCGAAAGUGAUACAGCGAGAGGAAGACCAGCUCAGGUGAUGAAGAGCAAAACCCUGAGCUCUUAAAGUAAGAGGAGCCUGGACUGGAUCUGAGCCACGCAGUUGUGUAGUAAUGAAUGCAUGCUUGCGCACACUCCAAUGAAGGGAUUUCGCUCUCUUCAUUGACCAUGCCAUACUGAAUCAUCGAGGACUUCUCCACCCUUGACCUCCUUUAAAGAAAGUCAAGAUGCAACUUUUCAGAGCGCUUAGGAUAAACCACCGUCUGGUCGCAUCCUAAAGAUCAUCUGUUGCUGCAGCCGGUUCAAAUAAAAGCCUAAGCAGAAAACAAAAAAAAGAUCUUCAAAUCAGUAAACUAAGUGCAUUUAAUCUGGACUGAGAGUAGCGUGAAUGUGCAUGGUGGAUUUCUUUGAUUGUAUGUCUUGUCAUUUCAACGGGAUAAAAAAAAAAACAUGGCAUGUCUAAUAUUGUCUACUCGAAGAUUGUUUUACGUGUCGGUUUCUGAGAGCUGUCAAUUCGAGAUGCCGUGUUUCUUCGCUUGCCGGUUCACUGUCCUCCCUCUGAAGUAGACAUUUCGGCUCAGGUGACGGAUAGUGUGGACGGCGCGGAGUCACGCUUCCAUCUAAUUUACUACUGUGGACCAUGAUGGUGGAGGACGAGGAGCUGGAUGCGCGUGCACUUGACCUGGACGCGGACCUGGAGCCGCGCAGCCGGCCGCGCUCGUGCACCUGGCCGCCGCCUUGUCCCGAGGACUUCCCGGUGGCCGCAGAGCUCAACGCAGCCCCUUGUCCAGUGCUGAAGACGGAAGCCGAGAUCGGCCCGCCGUGCAGAUCCGGGAGGAAGAGUGUGAACCCAGCGGAGGUUAAGCGCGAACCCGGUGCGCCGCCGUUGCCAUGUCUGAGCGGCGCUGCACUCGAUGUCGCCGGGCAGCUGCGCAAAGCCAAGUCCUCACGACGCAACGCGUGGGGGAACCUGUCAUACGCGGACCUGAUCACCCGCGCCAUCGAGAGCACGCCAGAGAAAAGGCUCACACUGUCGCAGAUUUACGAUUGGAUGGUGCGAUAUGUACCUUAUUUCAAGGAUAAAGGAGACAGUAACAGCUCGGCUGGAUGGAAGAACUCCAUACGUCAUAAUCUUUCACUCCACACCCGCUUCAUCCGGGUGCAGAACGAAGGCACAGGGAAGAGCUCCUGGUGGAUGCUGAACCCAGAAGGGAGUAAGGCUGGGAAAGCUCCCCGGCGACGGGCAGUCUCCAUGGACAACAGCACCAAGUACCUGAAGUGCAAAGGCCGUGUAAACCGCAAAAAAGGGGUAGGCAGAUCGGUGGUGGCCACUGUGGGGCAAGGAUUUCAUGGUUCCCCAGAGCAGACUAGCCCAACAGGGAAGCCUGUGACAGGAGCAACAGGUGUUGGGGAGGAGUUUGAGGCAUGGACUGAUCUCCACUCUCGGACUAGCUCUGCAGCCUCCACACUGAGUCUGUCACCUAUUAUGGCAGAGGAGGAGUUAGAAAACCCAGAGGAGGGUAGAUUGUCCUGCUCCACUUCCCCACACAUCUACCCCAGUCCCUCCAGUACUCGCUCACCUGUGGCACAUUGCCCACCUGUGGAACUGCCACAGCUAGCAGACCUCACUGGAGCUAUCAGUUUAGAAGAAGGUUACCACCACCAACAAACCCCAUGCCACAAACGGCCUCCAUAUCACUACAGCAGUGGGUCAAAAAUUCAGAGCUCCUACAGUAGCCCAGCCUAUGGACAAGCAAGCAUGAGCAUUUUGUGCCACCAAACACCAUUGCAGACCAUCCAGGAAAAUAAGGCCUCUAGCUUUUCUGGCAGCAUGCAGACUUACUCAGGCACAAACACACUGCAGAGUCUACUUACUGGAGGCUCUCAGUACUGUGCUAAGGACAUGAUGCUUGGCCAGGAGCAUGAGCCCAUGAUGGCACCUUCCAGCAGUAGGAUGGGGAACUGUCAUAGCCAUAACUCUGGGCACACCCACAAUGGCACACAUGAUCAUAACUCUGCUCACAGCCACAGCAGCACCCAUAGUCUCAACCAAUCACACAGCCAUAGCUCUGGUUCAAGUAUUGCCAAUAACCCCACUCAUAGCCACAGCAUGAAUCACAGCAUGAGUCACAGCCUGAGCCAGAACCAUCAGAAUCAAAGCCAUGCUGUUCAUACUCAACCCAUCAGUGGCCACAUGCAAACAUACAGUAAUAAAGCUCCAUACCUGUACAGUCCUCCAGCCCAUGCACACCUUCCUGCCUCAACCACACUGCCCCCAAACCCUGCUGGCAUGCAGGGCAUCUCUCAGGACUCUUGCCACCUAGCCACUGCACCACACCCUCACCCCCGUUACAGUGCGACAUACCCAGGCCCACACCAGCAGGCAAUGGCUGAUGGACCAUACCAUCAAGCUCAGGGAAUGGGGGGAGGGGGUAGUGUUUACCAAGGCUACCACCACCAUCAUCAUGGCUACCCUCAUGAGCGGCUACCAGCAGACUUAGAUCUGGAUAUAUUCCAUGGCAGCCUGGACUGUGAUGUUGAGUCUGUUCUCCUCCAUGACAUGAUGGACUCAACAGAGGAGAUGGACUUUAACUUUGACUGCUCUCUGGCACAGGGAAUGGGUGUUGGAAUGGGCAUGGGCAUGAGUAUGGGACUCACAGGCCCACAACAGAGCCACGGUAACCAGAGUUGGGUGCCUGGCUAAGAUGCCAUGCUUUCCUAUGUACAAUAUGAGAUCCAACUACCUUUAGACCUGCUUAGAGUGGGGCGCACCGCUUCCUUUCCAGGAAGAUGCACUGUGCGUAACGAAAAUCAAGCUGAAAUACCAUAGUUUCAGUUUCUAAGUUCUGUCUUACUCAGCCUGCUCAUUUCUCUGUAUUGUUUUCUGAAAUGGUCCUAUGUUCGAUUAUUUUUACUUGAUGUUAACCCUUUGCUCUUGCAGAACGAACCGUGAUGACAAUCUCAACUGUGUUACCUAACAUUGCCUUCUUCUCCAGUCAAAACUAAAUGCUUGAGCACUUUAACUGCGUAAAACAAAUCCAUUUCUUACUUACACAAUGGUGAGCUGGCCCCUGGAAGGUAGGAGCUGUAUCUGUCAUGUUUCAUAUCCAUUAAACCAAUAUGCCGAAAAAUUAAACACUUUGUUGAUUCAAAGUGAAGUUAUUCAGCUUGCAUAAAAAAUGCUACCUUUUCACUGGGUAGAAAGAUAGUUACAUUUCUGAACAACCUAAUGUAGAUCACUUCUGCUGAAAUAAAAAAAACAAGCAAGCAGUGGUUCUUAUUUUCUCUCCUCUCUCUCACUCUUUCUCUUUCAGUGAGAGAUUAUGUUAGAACAUACUCACCUUCUUCUCUCACCGAUAGGUUCAGCUCCCCUGCCAGCCCAGACUGGCCCAUCAUCCUUCAUUGGCCCAUUAACGACUUGAUUGAAAUUCAGCGUCUUGUUUUUAAUCUCCAAAGUGAUGCUGCAGUGAUGCAUCAUUAUUGCAGAUUGAAUACACCCCCCACAUCAAAAGGCCUCUUUUCCCUCUCUCACAUAUGUUGAGUGAUGGGCAUGAUUAACACAGUCAUCCAGCACACAGCAAGUUAGUAGAACUGUCGGUUUGUCCAGGAAAGGAAAUGCAUUUACACAGAAAAUAAUUUCAAUUGAAAGAGCAAGGCAUUAGUUUCUUAUUAAUUUCAUUUAUGAACUGUUAGAAUCCCAUAAUAGCAGUUUGGUCUCUCUUGUGUGUGGCAAAAACGGGAAGUGUUGUAUUGUAAAUUCAUGUGCUGUUUAAUUUUGAGGUGCUAUGAAAUAGACAUGCAUACAUUUUUUAGCUUUAUUUAGAUUUUAUAUGUCAGUAAUCAGAGAUGAAAAAGACAAAAAUAAAUAAAUCAGGUAAACAUCAACAUAGCCUAGGCCUUAUUUUCUGUGUUGUAAAAAAAAAUGGAAAAAAUGGAUAAGGGCUUGCAGUGAUUUGUGGCAGUGGCUACGUCCAGUGAAAGAACCAUUCUCUUUAUAACAACUCCUCUUUCCCUCUCUCAUUCUGUUUGUGUGUAUGAGCUCUUUAUAGAUACAGCCCCAUGCUUCUAAACUCGCUCCUUUACUCCUUAAGCACGGCUGUGCUCCAUAAAGCAGCCGGGAGGGAAAUGGGCCGCGUCAUUAUGGCAAAAGGUCAAGGAUAACUUACUUCAUCAAAUUUUGCACUCAAAUAAAGCUACUAAACUGGCCCGGUUUUGUGACGCUAAUCCAUAACCCAGUGGGAUAUCCUUAGUACAAUUUUUGUUGUCAUUAUUUUAUAUUUGCCCCAGUCCUCUGAUAUGUCAGACUGCACAUUGCUUUCUCUGUUUGCCUAUUAACCAUAAUCUUGUGCAAGCUGUCAGUGCAGUACCAGCCACCUUGACUCAUCAGACAUGCUUUAAAGAAGCCGUGUUAAUGCAGAUAUCAGAAUAGUAAGCUCUAAUAUUAAAUAUUUAAUAUAUAACAGCAGUCUUAUAAUGUUAUUGUAUGGAAGUGACGAACUACGUGUCUUCUUCCAUCAUUUUGUGUGUUCAAAGGAUUGCGCUUUCUUUACUGUUCCAUGACCUUUUAUUUUGUAUAAAAAUCUAUAUAUUGAGAAUAUUGUAUUAUACGUUUUUAAGAUGAAAAAAAAAGAUAUCUCUUUCAUUGUUUCUUUUUUUAAGAGAAUGUAUCUCA